AUGCCCAGUAGCGCAGAACUCCAAUCCAUAAGACUUGAAGUUAUCAGCGCGAAAAAUUUCAAAGUCCCCUCCUCGCGCAUACCUGCAGGUAUUUACGCGUCCAUCAAUAUCAAUAGUGAACCACAUCGACGAUUUCUGCUUGUGGCACCUUUCAUCCCCAACUCCGCUAUCGUCGAUACUGAGCAGGAGGACGUUGCAUGGUGCACUUGCCUCUUUAUUAUACUAUGGAAUAUGGAGGAGAGAUGGAACAGGGCAUAG